AUGUCAUUAUCGACACCGUCUUCCCUGACUUUGACUGACUCCAAUUCCGACGUUACCUCGUCUGACGUUGAGAUCGGCUCACAACAAACAAUGUUUGUUAUCAGUGAUAACAAAGACAAUCCUUCAGGGUGUCGAGCGCCUUUUGUCGAGUCCGUCGAGGAUAAAAUCCGACGCCUGACACCCAUCCAAUUCCUGCUGCUGAUCAAUCUGCUUUUGCAGGCGAAGUCAAAAGGAAACACAAAACCAUCCAGGUUCGAUGUUGCUAACGACUUGCGGCACAAAGUUCUGUUAUCAGGCUUGGUGGGGGGGAAGACUGGCGGUGGCGGCUCGUGGAUAGCCCUGCAUCCAAAUUGGUUCACGCAGGACGUUGACUUGGAUACGCCCCAGUUUUUAUCCAUCCCAUCGACUGUCCGUAGCAAUAACUCUCCUACACUACAGGACAACACUCCAACUCCAUCUUCACCUAUUCCAUUCGCGAGCACCGCGUCGCGGAGACCACCCGCACAAAACCCAGACGCUCGACCUUUUAUGGCAGUCGUGCCCAUCCCACUUUGCUUCCAGCCGCUCGUUACCUGCCUGACGAGAAUUCACGAUGAUGGGAUAAUGCAUCCCUUGCGUUCAACGGUUGGCCUAGUACUUGGACCCGUGGUAUACUGUCAGGCUGGCACGUCCAGCCUGAAAGAGUAUCUUGCCCAAGCAGUAGACCAUGGUGUUGUGGAACGUGGAAGGGCUAGUGGUAAGGCGUAGGUGAAAUUUCAUGUGGAUGUGCUGAGUGGAAAGCGUUGUUUCAUGUCUCUGCGUGUUAUGGUUGAACGUUCAACUCUACUAUCUGUUGUAUUGCU